CUAGUACUAUCAACCUCUUAAGAACCAUCGGUUAGAUUCAUUACCAUGUCUGAAGCACAGAAACGUCAAGAACAAGACCAAAAGGCACAAGCCUUACAAAACCAAUACAAUCAAUAUCAAGAGACUAUGACUGAACUCCAAUCACAACUCAGUACAAUUAGCUCUCAAAUUGAAGAACACAAAAUCGUCGAAAAGACUUUAACUGCCAUCCCUCCAGCACAACGUACCGACCGUAAAUGUUUCAAGAUGGUUGGCGGUGUGCUAGUGAAUAAGUCUGUAGAUGAGGUCAUCAAGAUUUUAGACACAGAUCUCAAGAGUCUUCUGAGUGAACAUGGAAAGAUGGAGAAGGAGUUGGUAAGGUACAGAAAGGAAAUGGAAGCUUGGAUGAAGGAGAAGAAUGUCAAGAUUGUUCGUCAGCAAUAGAGGGGGGUGUAUAGAUAU